AAGAUGGCGGCGCUGAGGGCUCUGCGCGGCCUCGGGGGCGCCGCGGCCCAGGUGCUGCGGCCCGGGGCUGGAGGCCGGCUGCAGGUGCAGCCCAGCAGAGGUGCCCGGCAGUGGCAGCCAGAUGUGCAAUGGGCAGAGCAGUUUGGGGGAGCGGUCAUGUACCCCACCAAGGAAACAGCCCACUGGAAGCCUCCACCUUGGAAUGAUGUGGACCCUCCAAAGGACACGAUGGUGUCAAACCUGACCUUGAACUUUGGGCCCCAGCACCCGGCAGCCCACGGCGUGCUGCGACUAGUGAUGGAGCUGAGUGGGGAGAUGGUGCGGAAGUGUGACCCUCACAUUGGGCUGCUGCACCGAGGCACCGAGAAGCUCAUUGAGUACAAGACCUAUCUGCAGGCCCUUCCGUACUUCGACCGGCUGGACUACGUGUCCAUGAUGUGCAAUGAGCAGGCCUACUCGCUGGCUGUGGAGAAGCUGCUGAACAUCCAGCCUCCGCCUCGGGCACAGUGGAUCCGAGUGCUCUUCGGGGAGAUCACACGGCUUUUAAACCACAUCAUGGCUGUGACCACACAUGCACUGGACAUUGGGGCUAUGACCCCUUUCUUCUGGAUGUUUGAAGAAAGGGAGAAGAUGUUCGAGUUCUACGAGCGCGUGUCCGGGGCUCGCAUGCAUGCUGCUUACAUCCGUCCAGGAGGCGUGCACCAGGACCUACCCCUUGGGCUUAUGGACGACAUUUAUCAGUUUUCUAAGAACUUCUCUCUUCGGAUUGAUGAGGUGGAGGAGAUGCUGACCAACAAUAGGAUCUGGCGAAAUCGGACAGUCGACAUUGGGGUUGUGUCUGCAGAAGAGGCCCUGAACUACGGCUUCAGUGGGGUGAUGCUGCGGGGCUCAGGCAUCCAGUGGGACCUGCGGAAGACCCAGCCCUACGACGUGUACGACCAGGUGGACUUCGACGUCCCGAUCGGCUCCCGAGGGGACUGCUAUGACAGGUACCUGUGCCGGGUGGAGGAGAUGCGCCAGUCCCUUCGUAUCAUCUCACAGUGUCUGAACAAGAUGCCUCCUGGGGAGAUCAAGGUUGAUGAUGCCAAAGUGUCCCCACCCAAGCGAGCUGAGAUGAAGACGUCUAUGGAGUCCCUGAUCCAUCACUUCAAGCUGUACACUGAGGGCUACCAGGUUCCUCCGGGGGCCACGUACACGGCCAUCGAGGCCCCUAAGGGAGAGUUUGGGGUGUACCUGGUGUCUGAUGGCAGCAGCCGCCCUUAUCGCUGCAAGAUCAAGGCUCCUGGUUUUGCCCACCUGGCCGGUUUGGACAAGAUGUCUAAGGGACACAUGCUGGCAGACGUCGUUGCUAUCAUAGGCACCCAGGAUAUUGUGUUUGGAGAAGUUGACCGGUGAGCAGGACGACAGCAUUACACCUCCCUGCCUCUCAACUUCCUGUGUGGGCCUGUCGUCACUGGAGAUGGGGCUGUGUGCGUGCCCGGCACUCAGCUAUCAGCUUUCUGUGCAUGUGCUAGACAAAGAUUGUAAUAAAUUAGCCGCCUCUGGCCCCUGUGCCACA